GGUGCUUGAACGUGCACCGCUGUUGCAAUCUUAUCCUAUAUCUCUUGCAUUGGUGUGAACAAUGCGGUCUUCUUGCAAGGUCUUGUUCUGUGUCAGUCAGUGGACACUGUCCCCACCACUCCGCGUGAGAGACGACAGAUCUCUGAUCGGGAUGGUGCAUCCAAGCAAGUUGUUAUAUACCGUAGAUAGCCAGCAAAAAUACCCAGCAGUACAACAGUAUAACACUAUUUCCCAUAUACAUCAAGUUCACCCCCAAAGAUAGCCGGCAGGAACAGGAUGCCCCCGGAAGCUGAAAAAAAAGCAUGGUUGCGUGCAACUGUGCAAGUGCAAGAUACCCUGGCCGUGGUCACCCACACAAGGACACGGUCGCCGCACCUUCCAGGCAACAACAGGCUAUAAAAUUGCCGCAAUCACCCACAACUCACUUCAACCAGCUAGCCAACCACGAGCCAGUGGAGUGGAAGGCUACAGCCUAUAGAGCUCAGUGAGUGCAGUCGUCGUCGCCCAGCCGCCUCUGACUCUGAAAUUCCACGCCGAGUCGUCUUCCUGCGCGCUUCGAUCGUUUCUACGUCUAAUUCCGUGUGUUUCAGCACGUUCCAGCAGCUUGAUCGUCUUGUCGAUCGAGAUGGGGGAGCACUGCUACCCGGCGACCAUGGAGGAGAGCUCCAUAGAGCUUGGUCACACGGCGGCCUCUAAGUGCUAUGACGACGACGGUCGCCUCAAGCGCACCGGCACGAUGUGGACGGCGAGCGCGCACAUUAUCACCGCCGUGAUAGGUUCCGGCGUGCUGUCGCUGGCGUGGGCCAUCGCGCAGCUCGGCUGGGUGGCCGGCCCCGCCGUCAUGCUGCUCUUCUCCUUCGUCACCUACUACACGUCGGCGCUGCUCGCCGACUGCUACCGCUCCGGCGACCCCUGCACCGGCAAGCGCAACUACACCUACAUGGACGCGGUUAACGCCAACCUCAGUGGCAUCAAGGUCCAGCUCUGCGGGUUCCUGCAGUACGCGAACAUCGUCGGAGUCGCCAUCGGCUACACCAUUGCCGCCUCCAUUAGCAUGCUGGCGAUCAAGAGGGCCAACUGCUUCCACGUGGAGGGACACGGGGACCCGUGCAACAUCUCCAGCACGCCGUACAUGAUCAUCUUCGGCGUGGCCGAGAUCUUCUUCUCGCAGAUCCCAGACUUCGACCAGAUCUCCUGGCUGUCGAUCCUCGCUGCCGUCAUGUCCUUCACCUACUCCACCAUCGGCCUGGGCCUGGGCAUCGUCCAGGUGGUGGCCAACAAGGGCGUCCAGGGCAGCCUGACGGGGAUCAGCGUCGGCGCGGUCACCCCGCUCGACAAGGUGUGGCGGAGCCUGCAGGCGUUCGGCGACAUCGCCUUCGCCUACUCCUACUCGCUCAUCCUCAUCGAGAUCCAGGACACGAUCCGGGCGCCGCCGCCGUCCGAGUCCAAGGUCAUGCGGCGCGCCACCAUCGUCAGCGUCGCCGUCACCACGCUCUUCUACAUGCUGUGCGGGUGCAUGGGCUACGCCGCCUUCGGCGACAACGCGCCGGGGAACCUCCUCACGGGCUUCGGAUUCUACGAGCCCUUCUGGCUCCUCGACGUCGCCAACGCCGCCAUCGUCGUCCACCUCGUCGGCGCCUACCAGGUCUACUGCCAGCCGCUGUUCGCCUUCGUCGAGAAGUGGGCGCAGCAGAGGUGGCCCAAGUCGAGCUACAUCACCGGCGAGGUCGACGUCCCGCUCUCCCUCGCCGGGGCCGCCGGCCGGUGCUACAAGCUCAACCUGUUCAGGCUCACGUGGCGGACGGCGUUCGUGGUGGCCACGACGGUGGUGUCCAUGCUGCUGCCAUUCUUCAACGACGUGGUUGGGCUCCUGGGCGCGCUGGGAUUCUGGCCGCUCACCGUCUACUUCCCCGUGGAGAUGUACAUCGUGCAGAAGAAGGUGCCCAGGUGGAGCACGCUGUGGGUGUGCCUGCAGCUGCUCAGCCUCGGCUGCCUCAUCAUCACCGUCGCCUCCGCCGCGGGCUCCGUCGCCGGAAUCAUCUCUGACCUCAAAGUGUACAAACCCUUCGUCACCACCUACUGAAGUGUACUGAUGACUGAUCGAUCGUCGUUCGGUGCAGACAAAACACAUACUGAAGUAUGCAUGCACAGAUGACUAAUUAAUUGGCGCCUAGUAUGUGCAGUCUUUAAUUAAACUAGGCAUUAAUUAAUUAUACUAUCACACGGUAAGAAAAGGAAAAGAAAAAGAUGAUUAUUGGUACGGUGUUCUAGUGAUGCGUAGCUUGCAUCGCUGAUUUACCGUGUCCUUUGCUAAUUCCCAUUGUUUGUGAUGAUCUGGUUAACUGAAAAGGCUACUGAAUCAAGAGAAAUCAAAUAGUAGUAGUAGUAGUAGUGUGUGUUGCCAAGUCAAAUGCAAAGUUGUCGGUACAAAGCUCAUGUAAAAUUUCUGUGCAAGAAUUGUGUUCAUAAGGAAAAACACGUGCUUGUUCCUAUAUGAGACUCUACAACAAUUUCUUACA